AUGGGCUGCACUGAUAGUAGAGCUGGGCUAAGCAAAGAAGAAAGCGCUAUUGUGGAAAUGGAGGAAGAACUUCAAUAUCACUUGAACACUUGCAAAGCCAUUGACUUUUAUAUUCGCAAGUACUCAUUCAAUGGCGAAAUCAAUCCUGAACAAUGGAGAGAUAUAGUGAAUCACUUGAACCUGAAGGUAGAAAAUACUGCUCAAAACCCCAAGGCUGUGGACUUUUAUUCCUCAUUUAAAGGCAGAGAAGGAAGGCUACCUUUAAAACCUAUGUUAGUUCUUGGAGUUUUACUUGGAGAAGGGUCUUCUGAAGAGAAAGCACGACUAUUAUUUGAGGCUCAAGACGUUAGAAAACUCUAACUCCCCCACUCCGUGAGUGAACAAAACCAUUAGAAAAAUCGCCAAAAACCUCCGUGAGUGAGCAAAAAAUUUUUUAUGGAAAAAAUUGAUAUAUAUAAAUGAUAAUUAGUAUAAUGAAAUCUAGAGCUAAUUCUGUUAAAUUUUAAACGGAUUGCUUUUUAAAACAUAAAUUUUAUAAAUUAAAUUAAUAUUUGCUUUCCAAUUUUGUGAAUUAGGAUUUUUUUUAAAUUUCGAAAAAAAAAUAUUUUUUAUAAAAUUUAUAUAUUAAUUUUUUUAAAAAAAAAAAAAUUAACCCCCUCUGCGAGUGAACAAAAUUUUUUUGUUCACUCUAAAAACCUUCUAAAAGCCGAUAUACACGAAUUAGUUGAUUUAAUGGUUGACAUUGCUGUUGAAAAGCUUCCGACCUUAAUAGUAACUAAUCCACAAAUCAGUGAAGAAGAAAUUAGAAAUUAUGUGAGCCAGCUUAAUCAGCAUAUUGAUAAAGCUAAAGCCAUCAUCUCCAAAAAGUUCAUUGGUGAAGAAACUAAAUCUGAAGAAACGACAGUUACUUUGGCCUCUUUUUUAAAAAACUUCGCAGAUGAUGCAAACAAAAACUUUUUAACUCCUAAUGGUUUGAGAGUGUUCAUUUGGAGACUAAAGCCACUUGAAUUUAAGAGCAGCAAAGCUCAUGAAGAAACAAAGAAUGAAACUGAGAAGAAAGAGAAAAAAGAGAAAAAAGAGAAAAAAGAAAAAAGCUCUUCAUCAUCGUCGUCAAGCAGCUCUUCUGAUGAAGAAAAGAAAAAGAAAAAAGCUGAAGAGAUUGAGAAGCCAGCUGAAGCCCCUCAAACAGGAGAAGUAGCAGCUUAA